CAUCCCACUAGAAUGAUCAACAGUUAUCUCGGUUAACGUAAACCGGGAAUUAGCCGUAAUUUUUCUCCCGUAACGGAUAGAAAAAUCCGCUGUUUGAACUGAACAGCCCAUAGGAAGGAAACCAGAAAUGGCCCCUGGUUUUGUUUCUCCAACCUUUGUCCCCUCUUUCGAUAUGGUUUCUUCGCUUUCCGCUCUCUUUCUUUCCUCUUUUAUAUCCUUUCUUCUUCGAUUCCUCGUCUUUGAUCCAUCCCCAGAGAGAUUGAGACCCAAACACGCGGGAAGUGAACCCUCCUGUUUGCAUCUUUACCAUACCCUGAUCGCAACUGUUUCGUUUUCCGGCGAUUUCCCGAAGAUCUUCCGGCGGUACUCUGAUUAGUUAGGUAUCUCAUUCUGGAAAAAACAAACCUUUUCGGUGAUUCAUGGGGUAUGAGGUGAAUUUCGCUACGAAAACAGAGAAGGAAUUUUUAGAAUUGCAAAAGGAAGUGAUUUUGGGGAAGAAUAAACUCAAGAGCCCGACUGCUGACUCGCUUAAGGCAAAAAAUCCGAACCCAACUUUUGGGAAUUCGCCAAGCAGUUCGAAGAAGAAGAAAAUCCGACGGCGGCGGAGAUUUUGCCGGUGCGGCGGCUGUUCAGUACUUGCAAAGAAGUCUUUGCCGAUUGCGGCCCAGGAAUCGUUCCCUCUGACGAGAAAAUCCAACGGCUGCGAUCUAUUCUGGGUAAAACGUCAAUCUUGUACCCAGCAGAAGGUGGAAACAUGCAUCGGUUCACGGCAGAGACACCAUGUGCGGUGCUGGACGUGCUUGGACCCUCUUACUCCGAUCCCGAGGGACGUCAUUGCACCUACUUCUUUGAUUUCCCAUUCAGCCAUUUCUCAGGACUGUAAACGGUAAGAACCUGGCGGUGAAAAAAGGCAGUAGAGCUUCUACUUUGAUACAGUCUCUCAUUCCUCAGCCUUGUUCUCUCUCUCCCCCUCUGUUUUAGUACAUGAGGAGACAAGGUGUGCAAUGUUUCAUUUAGACCUUUCGUUAUACUAUGAGAUGCAUGCAUGGUCGGUGCAUGUUAGGAUAUAUUGUAAAGAAGAUAUACGUAAAGUUCGAUUAGUUAUAUACACAUCGCCUCCUGAAUUCGCAGUCUGUUGUGUAAUGCCUGCAAUCAGGAAGACUCUAGCUGAGCCAGAGUAUUAGGUCGAGAUAGUUCGGACGCUUUUACUCUAUUAAGAUAUGGUGCGUAUUACUAUGA